UGCACGACGCCCGGGGGGUGGGACCUGACCACGUCAACACAACCGCUUUGUGCUUGCUGAGCACCAGCACGGCGCUUGCUUGCUUCACCUUGCGCUCGCCAAACACCUCGCGCCGUCCCAUCCCGACCGCCCAUCAGCAAGCUGCAUCGCAUCUUCUGCCUUGCUCCCUGCUGGCCAGUGAUUGUCAUUGGGGCCCCGCCAGCAUCCUCACCACCACUCUUCAGCCAUCAAUCGCACCUGCCAUGCGGCGAUAGUCCCAAGAUAUCCAAGGCUCCCAUCCCCCUUGCCCGCGCAAGCUCCCCAGCUCUCGACAACGUCGGCCUGGCCCGUCUCGUCAGCCCACCAUGCCGGCGCCGGCAGUUCCAGAAAUCACCGAGGAGGAGCUCCACGAGUCGAUCCACGCCCGUACCGAAUCCCUCAUUGCCUUGCGCGAGCUUGGCCCUCCCGACUUGGCGCAUCUUCUCAAGCAAAAUCUACGCAAUGCCAACCGUCAGAUCGGGGUCUAUCACCACGUCACCGGCGUAGACGCCUCCUCGUCCGCCAGUCUCGCUGCCUACAUAAACACCCUCACGUACAAGGAGCAGGUUCCUAAUGCUGUCAACAAGGUUGUCGAGGGCCUGUACUGCUGCUACAAUGCCUUCUCAAGACUCGACAUGCGCGUGCACGUCACGAUCCCCGGCACCGUUGAGAGCUACUGUGUCGACGAGCGCGGCGAGAAGCGCCCAGCCACCGACGAGCUGUGGUUGGAGACGUACCUCUGCAGCGUCAUCAGGGCCUACUCGUACGCCGACAAUGGCAGUGGCGAGACCAUCCGUAAGAUUAUGGGCGUCAGGCGCUUCAACCCAGUCACCAGCACCGAGACCGAGCACCGCUUUCUCAGCGCUGCCGAGCAGCUCUUUUUCCGUGGAUGGCAGCUCGGCUCCGACUCGGUCGUCCAGGUCCCCAACAAUGUCUCCAACCAUCUGACAACCGGCUUGCUCAAAUACUUUGAGACAACAGGCCGGUUCGCCUCUGCCAUCAACCUCUUCGAGAAGCUGCGCACUCAGAACGUUGAGGUCUCCUCCUUGCUGGCCAAAGUGCUGUUCAUGGGCAACGAAGAAGUGCAAGGCGUCCGUGUGUUGUAUCAAGCGCUCAAGGAUUCCCCAAUGGACUACGUCAUGCUCGACACGCAGGCAGAGUUCCUCCUCAAAAAGGGUCUUGCGGCCGAAAAUGCGGAGCAACGGGAAGAGAGGCUCAAAAUGGCGUUGGCCUGCGCAGACCGAAGCACGAUUGCCGCCCCGAGCGAGUUCGGAACCUGGGCGAGGCUGGCCCGGGUAUAUGUCACCAUGGAGGAUUGGGAAAAUGCACUGACCAUUCUCAACUCGUGCCCCAUGUUCACUUACCAGGACAAGGACGCCCCGAUGAUGCCGGAGCCCAAGGAUGUUUACCUGCCGACCUUGCCUGAGACACGACUUGACGAGAUCGACAGCGAACCCGAGUCAAGAUAUGCCGAACAGGUUGAUCCCAGCCUGCUCAACCUGCGGGCCGCCGCAUACCGUGGAACCUUUAAGGAGGCGUAUGGCAUUCUGACCGAAAUGACUGCCAAGAUUGGCUGGGAUCAGCUCCUCAAGAUUCGAAGCACGGUCUUCGUGAUGGAGGACGAGUACCGCAGCGAAAGACAGGACAGCGUCGCACAGCCUACUGUGACAGCCCGUAAUCCAAGUAUUGAUGGUUUGCGCGGCACGCCUGACCCGACAACAAACGGCGACGCCUCCGAUGACGAGGCUGGGACAGAGAAGGGUGUCGCUGGGACGGCAGCUGACUCGGAGUCCACCGCACCGGCUCUUACGAAUGGCCAAGAUGAAGGCGAGGCCUCGGUCGAGAAGCCUAUACACGCAAUCGACCCUGGCGUGGUCAAGGCGGAUGGAGAUACAACGGCAACGACCGAGGAACACCUCUCGAAGCUCAACAACAAGAGACUCUGCGAGAGAUGGCUUGACAGCCUGUUCAUGGUGCUCUACGAGGAUUUGCGCGUCUAUACCAUCUGGAGAACCCAGAUGGCGCAAUACAAAGCACAGUCGAUGCAGUACAAGAAGUCGGCUGAGGAAUGGGAGAUUCUGGGCGCCCUGGCGGAGCGCCUGCAGCACCACGACGAGGCGGUUGAGGCGUACCGGGCCUGUUUGGCUGCUCGGUUCAGCCCCCGUGCUCUCAGCGGCAUCUUGCGCAUGUUUGAGAAGCAGAAGAAUACGAGAGACACGGUGGCCGCCUUGAUCCGACUCGUGACCUGGCAGUACAGAUGGUACUCGGAGUUCUCUCCUGAGCUGCUGCACACGAUACGGCAGCUGAUCGAGGAGGAGGGCGCGGUCAAGGUGAGGUCUAUCAUCCAGGCCACCAGCCUGCCGCAGAACGUGCUCGACUUGACGCAUCACUACGCUGCACUCUGCGCCACCUUCAGAAGCAGCGGUACGGAUGGUUAGAUGGAGUCUGCCAGAGGGCGGGCCCGUGUUGAGGGUUGGGACGAGGGGCAAGUAGAUGGGGAAGUCGGUGGAGUAGGAUGCGGAUGUGGUGCUGUUAAGAGCCAGUAACGCACUGGGGAGAUUGAGAGAGACAUGGCAUCAGUUCUUCGCUAGAGGAUUAGCUAUGCUGCGAUAAUUUCAUGGUUGCCGGCCAGGCUUGUCAUGUGUGAUCAAGGUAGUCCAAUAUUGGCUUGCGACAGAAACACAAACCACCCAAACGCUACAUCAGCAACCAUAUUCGCGUGGAUGCACGUUCCCGCUCCUCCUACUUGGGCGUUAUAAUCUGCUCCAGCCAGCGAGGGAGCACCAUAAUCUAGAGUCCUGGGUUACAAGGAGGGAAUCUCGUGAUGGACAUCUGGAACUUGUCACUGCAUGU